UGCUUGUGGCCCACGGGCGGCAGGGAGAGGACGAGUCACCGUCACGCACUCGAGCAUCCCCGAUGUCGCGCACACGCGUGUGAGGUCACAGAGAAAGGGGUGGCACUUGAUUAUUUUUUAUUCUUAGCCGCCCCUCUUUCGGUGCCCCCUUUUGUUAAGGCGGGAUCGCCGACGCCUUCUUCUUGUUUUUCUUAAUCUAAAAAUGAAAGUGAAAGUCACUUGGCAGCGCUGGGCUCCUCUCGGCUCGACUCGACAUGGCUCUCCUGCAAUGUCCGCUGUUGCUGCUGCUGCUGCUGCUUGGGGCUUCAGGGUCGCAGGCCAAAGUCAGCGUCUUCUCAUCACAGCCAAAUGUGGUUGCCCUGCGGCACACAGACGUUGUGCUUCCUUGUAGCUUCUCUGUGUCACCGGGCCCCAUAGACCUCAGGCGAGUGACCGUCACCUGGAAUCAGUAUGGCUUCUUGGUGGCCAAGUUUGAGAAUGGAGACACCACAUCGAGACAUGAGACCACUCUGUUUGAGGAGAACCUCGGAGAAGGAAACGCCUCGCUGCUCCUGAGAUCCAUCGUGAAGCGAGAUGAGGGGCAGUACGAGUGUGAAGUCAGCUAUGCGGGUGAGAAAGGGUCAGCCAGCCUGGCUCUGACCAUCCAAGUUCCCCCUGAAGUCGUCUUACACCCUGAGUCGGUUCAUCUUCUCACUCAGCACUGUGUGACCUGCUCUGCCCAGAACUUCUACCCCAAACAAAUCAAUUUCAUUUGGACGAUGAGCGACGUGACAAAGAUGCCAUUUAAUACCACAGAGCCGCACUUGAACCCCGAUGGCACCUACAACUCGGAGAGCGUCUACUGCUUCACCCCGACCAGCCGGGACGGCCUAACCUGUGAGGUGCAGCACGAGGCGCUGAAGGAGCCACUGAGGAGGUCCGUCACGUACGUGGGACUGACUGGUGGAGAGAUGGCCCUCAUUGUGAUCGCAGUCAUCCUCGUCCUCCUCCUCCUCCUUGCUGUCUUCUGGUUCUUCUCAGUGUCCCUGUCACCUCUUGUCCCCCUCAAGCUGGUCCAGGGUGACCUCGGGUCAGUGAAGUGCACCCUCACAGGCUGGAGACUUGGACUGGUCACUCAGCAGUGGUUUAUCAAUGACCAGGAGGUCAAACUGGACAAUCAGCAGAGAGACUGUGAGGACGUUGCCUCAGUGCCCCUAAAUAGCCCCUCUGGUUGCCAUCUGAAGACAGACCCCCCUAAGGAAGGCUUCUUUAGGACAGAGACCCCCGUGACCCUGCAGUUUCUACCAACCCGAGCUGACCACGAGGGGGCAGUGUGCAGGUGUCGUGUCCGUCAUCGACUCACCCGGAGGAGCGUUGAGCGCACUGUCACAUUACGGCCGAUAUUCAUUCGUCCUCAACUCUCAGACAUCGAGAACGUCUCUCAGGACUCGGACACCGACGUGAAGCUGCAGGUCAGAGCUGAUGAGUUUCACCCCAAAGAUAUCAACUUCACGUGGUCAGUGGGAGGCGGAGAAGUCACCUCAGAGUCAGUGAAUCCUCCAGAAAUCACAGAAAACAACAAUGGGACCUCCAGUGCAGUGAGUGUCUGCUCUGUCCCUCUGUCUGAUGUCCAGGAGCCUGGGUUCAAGGCCUCAGUGGUCAUUGAGCACGAAUCUGUGGGAAAAAUGGAGAAGACGGUCACCGGUGACACCCCAGGUAUCGAUGGGCGCCCCCUGCUGUCCGACAUUGAAAUGCUCAGGUUCACUAAGGUAGGUGAGCCCUGCACCCUGAGCUGCACCAUCUCCAGGUUUUUCCCCAAAGCUCUCACAGUGACGUGGCUGAGGGUCCGAGCAGAGGGUGGACAUCAGCCUGUCACUGCAGGGUCACCAGAGUGGAAAGCCACAGUGACCACCAGCCACCCAGAGAGGAGGAAUAACACGUAUGAGGUGACCUCUGAGGUGCAGUUCACUCCUAACAGUCUAAGUGAAGUGGAGGAGAUGACGUACAUCUGUAGGGUGGGACACGGGACCCUCAUGGGGAAGACCAAAGAGAAGAAGUCUAGCAAACUGGAAUUAGCAGCUGAUAGCAGGCGUCCUCGAGUCUCUGAUGUGCAGAUUCACUUCACUGAGUUUCGUCAGCCCUGCACCCUCACCUGCACCGUCUGGGACUUUUACCCCAAAGAGAUCAACGUGACCUGGAUGAGGAGACACAAGGGAACACAGAGGACUGUGAAGGCGGAGACACGGGAGUGGGGGGCUGCAGUGAGUCAUUAUGGGCCAGUAUUGAGGGGAAACAAAUACUCACUGGUGUCUCAGGCCACAUUCACCCCUCAGACCCUGAUUGACCUGGAGGACAUGGAGUUCAUCUGCAGAGUGGACCAUGAGACUGUGAUGGGGAGACACAUUGAGAAGAUCUGCUCAGAGAUUCCUGGUCUGCACCAUCGACCCGUCAUGUCAGACAUUCAGGUGACUGAGUUUAAAGGACUCGGCCAGGAAUGCACCCUGAGCUGCUCCAUCCAGGACUUCUACCCUAAAGACAUCAGAGUGACCUGGCACUGCCACACGGCAAGACUGAGGGGAUCAGACAUCAGGACUUUACCAUGUGACCCUCAGAGAGGAGAACAGAGUUACCAGCUGGAGUCUAAGGCCAUCUUCACCCCCAGAACUCUGAGUGACCUGGAGGAUGUGAAGUACAUCUGUGUGGUGAAACACGAGACUCUGAGAGAGGACACCAUGGAGAGGAGCAGUGAGAAGCUGAACAUACCUGGUCUGUUGAGUCCCCCCACUUUGUCAGACAUGCAGAUGUCCAGGUGGGACGGUCUCGGCCAGACCUGCAUGCUGAGCUGCUCCAUCCUGAACUUCUACCCUAAAGAGAUUGAGGUGACCUGGCUGAGGAGGGACACGAUGAAGGGCAGUGAGGUCACUGUGGGGGCUAAAGACUGGCAGGCUGAUGUUAGGACAUCAAAACUAAAACUGGAAGAUCUGAACUACAGAGUGGACAGUGCGGUCGCAUUCAACCCCAAGACACUGGGUGACGUAGACGAUGUGGAGUACGUCUGCAGGGUGACACACAAGAACCAGCAGGUGACGAUCAUCGAGAAGACUUCUGAGAAGCUGCUGUCCACAGCUCUGCGGGGCCCCCCGACUGUGUCAGACAUACAGGCGUCUGAGUUCAAAGGCCUUGGUAAGCCCUGCACCCUGAGCUGCUCCAUCCAGAACUUCUACCCCAAGGACAUCAAGGUGACUUGGCUACGGGUCAGUGGGGAAGGACAGAAAGAAAUCCAAGCCCACCCAGUGACCUCAGUGAGAGGGGACAGGGACUACGGAGUGGAGGCUGUGGCUGAAUUCACCCCGCGGACUCUGAGUGACCUGCUGGACUCGGACUGUGUGUGUGUCGUGCAUCACGAGGCCUCAGAUAAACCUGUGGAGAGAAGUCUUGGCAAAGGGUUUUUAAAAGGUGUUACUUGUGAGCCCACCGUCUCAGAUGUGCAGGUCCACUUCACUGAAUUUGGUCAGCGCUGUACCCUCACCUGCGUCAUCUCAGGGUUUUACCCCAAAGAGAUCAAAGUCACCUGGAUGAGGAGACAGAAGGGAAGACAAAGGACAGUUGAGGCUGGGAAGGGGGACUGGAAACCCACCAUAAGUCAGUAUGGGCCGUCAGUGACAGAUACUGGGUACCUACUGGUGUGUCAGGCUGAGUUUACCCCUCAGACCCUCAGUGACGUGGAGGACAUGGAGUUCAUCUGCAGAGUGGAGCACAAGGCUACGAUGAAGACGCCUGUUGAGAGGAGCUGCUCAGUCAUUGCAGACAAAUCUGAAGAACAACCAGAAGAUGAGAAACCUUCAGCCCCAGAGGAAGAGGCCAGAGUAGAUGGGAGAGACACACAACUGAAUACAAGGAGUCAAGUAGCCAUGGAGUAUCCUGGCAGAAGAACCUGGAACCAACCCUGAUAGCACGUUCUUCUGGUCUACCACAGUCACAAGCUCCACGUGACUACAUUUCAAACUACCACCGAUAUUGAUGGAGACCAUAAUCAGUGCCACAGUGAGGACAACGGCACAAAGCGGUCAGAAAUCUAAACCUACUGUCCAGUGAAUGAGACGCGGGGCACCGAGAGAAUCAAAAGACCACUGGCUUGCAGUUCCUCUUCUCUCCACCGUGUGUCACUCAUCCUCUUCAGGUCUCCUCACAUCCACCUGAUGUUCUGCAGUUGCUCAGAGUUAUCAUUCACACCGAGUUACUGGUCCGGCCGUGUCACAUCUUCUUCAUCAUCUCCUCCUCAUCCUUACCUCUGCUUGGGCUUACAUCCUAAUAAAGAUGGAGACUUCAGACUCGGUCAGACUUCCUGCAUAACAAAGCCAAUAGGAGUGACGUUAACUGACCUGCACAGGUGUGUCCAGCUGCACUCCUCAUUGGUCAACUAAGAAAAGAAAACCAGAAAGCAGUGACACCGCCGUGACCACUAGGGGGCAGCCUGAACUGCUGUCACUGAAGUCCUCUGAACGGACUACUGAAGAUGACCGAGGACAUGAUGACCACAGUGCCACUGUCCACCUGACACAACAAGGACAGAGACUCUGGUCAGUAAGUCCACACCAUUAUAGUGACUGGGGAAUCACUAGGGUGAGUGGGGGGUGUGAAGCAGCAGGCUGGUGGUGUCAACUACGAUUCACAGCAUCGCCUAACUGCCUUGUGACGUGUGUGUCACUCUGAUCUGAUGGCUCUGUGAUGUCACUGCUGUGGUCAGAACUGGGAGGAGUUAUGACGUCGAUGAGCAGUUUAUUAACAAUGGGAAUGUGGCACUCAUUUGGGUUAGCGGCGUUUAUGUGACUGUCACUGUUUGUCUUCCAGAAUGUUUGAUCAUUUUAGGUUCACUUUCUUCAUUUCUUCAAUAUCUGCACUCAAGGUCUCGCCACUUGCUUGGUGCUUCUUUUUUAUAAAACACUCAAUGGACACGUCAGGCCGUACAGUAGGAGGACAUUCCUGUCUUGUGAUGUGCCUUUGUGACCUUAAACAUGUCAAUAAACUGCCAGUUGUCUUCC